GUUUCCGUAAAAUAUGCCAAUUAUGUUAGUUUUAGACGAUGCUCUUGACAGAAAUUUACGAAGAAACUGUGGUGCGCAGCGCAGGGUUGAUGUUGUGGAACACCCCCCGCGUAUGUCACAAAGUUACGAAUCACGUUGCACAGAAGGGAAAACAUUCCAUGCAGCGAGGAUUAAGGUCAUAGCUAGCUAGUCAUUUUAGACGACCAUCAUCUGGUGGUAUUUCAGUUGAUAUACAUCGAAGGUAGCACCAUGGUAUUUUUAACAUUCCCAUGUUUAAUUAGGAAUCGUGGUCCUGACAGAUUUUGGAAAGUACAAGAGCUCUUGAAGAAUGCUCGGCACUUUAGAGGCAGAAAGAACAGAUGUUACAGCUUGGCGGUGCGCGCUGUGAGAAGAGCCUUUGUUUAUGCCACUAAAAGCCGACAGGUGAAGAGGCGCAACAUGCGGACGCUGUGGAUCUCGAGAAUUGCUGCAGCCACACGUGAAUAUGGCUUGAAGUAUCCAAUUCUCAUUGAUAACCUGGUGAAGAGUAGUGUCCAGUUGAACAGGAAGGUUCUGAGCGACUUGGCGAUCAACGAGCCCCGGACCUUCCAGUCGCUUGCCAAGCUGGCACGGGCCCGGCAGCAGGAGGGGUUCCAUGCCGCCCUGGGGAAUGGGUCAGAACCGCCCGGCAUUCUGUCCCGUGUCGUUCUCCUUCAGUAAUUACUCCAUCCCGCCUCUCUUACAGCAUCUCCGGUCCACUGACGCAACACACCUUGAGCAUGCUCAGCUGAUCCUGAGGAGAGAUGUCACCUGGUCACACACACACACACACACACACACACACACACACACACACACAGAUUCCUGUUUAAAGGUUCCUAUCAGGUGAGCCUCGGCCUCCAAAUAGAACUCUCUCUCCCAGACCUGACCAGUUACUGAGGAGCAGAUGAGAACCACCCUCAGUGAAAACUUUCUUCUGGAAAGAAAGGAUGUGUGGGAUUUGUUUUUGUAUGAGACAAGAGCUUUUGAAAAAAGAGAAAGUUGACCUAUUGGCUCCUAUGUGUCAUGCCUUGUUUUUGUGUAAAUAUGUGGAAUUGCUGUACUGUGUAUUCUUGUCCAUAAAAGUGAAUAAAUCCUUUGUUAUCCUCA